AAUAUGAAUUUUUCUGUUUCUAAAAAAAGAAAAAGAAAAAUAUCUGGUAUUCAGAUUGAAAAAUGUGUAAAAAGAUCAAUGAUAGACAAGCCAUUAGAAAUUCAUAGUUUAAAGCUAAAUGAAACUCAACCUAACUUAAAUGAAAAAAAUAAGUCUAAAGUAAGAAAAUCUCAAAGAAAACUAAUUGAAUUUGAUAGUCCUACUAAAGAUGUGGUUCUAACACAAGUAGAAAAUAGUACCGAUAGUACAAUUCUCUCUCAAGAAUCAAUUAACGUUGAAAAAGGAUCACAUUUUGAUAAGUCUGAGAACAUUGACAAAGUAAAUAUUACAAGUGACUGUAAUUCAGUAAUUGAACAAAUGUUAAUAGUCAAUGAUUCAAAUUUAUCAAAAAGAAAUAAACGUGUUAUCACUCCUAAAAGGAGAAGAGGAAAAAAAUCUAAUGUAAAACACAAAAAAUGGUCCAAGGAAUCUAUAGAAAAUGUGCCCCAAGAAAUAGAAUGCUUAAAGAAAAACAAAUGUAGUGUUGAAUCUGAUGAUAUUUUAACUCAAUCAUUAGAAAAUGGGUCAAUGAAUGCACAGAACUUGCAGCUAAAUCAAAUUCAACCCAUAGUAUUAGUUGAAGUAUUAAAUGAUCAGUUAUUGGCAAAGGUUACUAAUGAGAAUCAGAGUACUAAGAGUGAUUUAAAUAUUGGAGUUGAUCAAAAUAUUCAUGAAACUAGUGAUAAACAUGCAAAAAAAAUAUGUAAAACUAAAUCAAUUACUGAAUCUAGUGAUGCCUUAUUGGAUAAUAGUAAAACUAUGAAAUUCGAAUUCAAAAUUAAUGAUUUUAAUUCAUUAAAUAAUGAAACAUCAACCUCUCAUUUAAUGCAUGAAUCUUACUCCAGCUGUACUUCUAAAACAAUCCAUUUUGCAGAUCAUAAAAAAAAGUCAAGAUGUUCAUUGAGGUCAAGCAUAAAAAUGUUAAAGGCUACAAAAGUACUAAACACAAAUGAUAUUGAAACUGAUGAUACAAUGGAAAAAAACUGUAAAACUAAAGAUAUAAGUUUAAAUCCAAUAACUGAGGAUAUCCUCCAUCCAUCAACCCCUAUUCCAUCAUUACAUAUAAAGAAUGUAUCUAAAGAAACUCAUAAAUUAAAUAAUAAAAAUAACAACUCACUCUCUGGAAGGAAAGAAAUAUUGACUGAUUCUUUAUCAAGUUUAGAAACCAAAUUUAAUGAACAAGAAUUGGAUGCCAAGAAAAUAGCUCAAAUGAAACUAUUACAAUCGGAAAUUGAUACAUUGGAUUAUAUACAUAAAUUACGUUCAGCUUUAUCAAUUAAACGUUUUGAUUAUGAAAUGGCUUUGCAAUCAUUAGAACAAAUUAGAAAUUUAAAAAUAAAUGCUCUUAUGUUAAUAAAACAUCAAAUAGUUGUUGAUACUAUCAUAAAAGUAACAAAGUAUGUUGGUAAUGCAAGUGAAUGGAGAUUAAGUGAACAAGAAGCAAUAAGACAUUCUGAACAAGCUGCUAAAGUCAGAUACAUAGCUCAAACAAUAUAUCAUAAGUUUGUGUCAUUAUUUACGAAUGGUAACAUAGAACAGUUUAAAGAAAUAUAUGAUAAAAGGGUCAAUGAAUUCAAAACAAAGACAAGACAUUUGGAUCGCGAUCAGAUUUAUGGAUGUACUUUAGUUAAACCAUAAAAUGUAUUAAUUUUUCUUUAAGCUCAAGAAAAUUAAUUUAUUUCAUUAAUGUAAAGCAAUAUAACGGCACAGGUUUAUUAUA